ACCUGGCGAGGAUUCGGACGUGUCGGCACCGACCGAGCCCCGCCGCGCCACGCCACGCCGCGUCAAAAUCGCGUGCGCUCGCCGCGAGUUCGCGUUGACGGACGGGCAGUGCUUCUCGACGACGAGAACCGGACCACCGCAGCAGCAGCAGUGCCCAGUGAAGGCUAGCGUUACGUCGGGCAGGCUGCAAGGACUAUGACAGUGGUGCACGUCGAAGUUGACGUCCGUUCCUAGUCGCCACCGCGCCCAUCGGGACGCGUUCCCUCCAGCAGCUGGCCCUUGCCGUCCACGCAGCGGGACGCUGCGCCACUCUCUGUUGCCCCGAGACAGCCUAGACAGGCUAGACAGCCGGCCGGGUGGGGCGGUGGAAGGUGCCGGGUGAUGGUGGUGGCGGUGUUGGAUGCGGUGAUGGCGGCGGCGGUGGCGCUGGUGGUGGCGGACACCCUGCUGCGGCAACGUGUGCUCUGGGGAGGAUGACAGCAUCGAGAGGCUCAUGGACUGCAACGGCAACAGCAAGGAUGCCGACGGCGGGUCUUCCCUGGCGAGCUCGGCGAUGUCCAGCCCCGCCAAGGCCGCGCGGUGCGGCCCGUUCUGCGACGGCAAGGGGCGCCCGCUGCUGCUCACCUACAACGAGGCCCCGCCCUACCUGCAGUUCAACCCGUUCAUACUGUCCGGCUACCGGGGCUACCUGUCCACCAAGAUGUGCAUCGAGAGUGUCUUCUGGUGGACCAACGAGACCAUCAACAUCUGGAGCCACAUCUUUGGAUGGAUGCUGUUCCUGGGGCUCACCCUGUACGACCUGCUCUUGCUCAACUUCCACGCCUCCACCGUGGACAAGGCCAUCGUCGGCGGGCUCCUCAUCUGCUUCCAGGCCUGCAUGAUCUUGUCAUCGCUAUACCACACCUUCUCGUGCAGAUCCGAGAAGGUGUACGACUGUUUCCUCACCUACGACCUGUUCGGCAUCUCCCUCAGCCUGCUGGCCAUCUACAUGUCGGGCAUCUACUACGCCUUCUGGUGCCACAAGGCCUGGCAGACGUUCUACUUGACCACAGUGGGGCUCAUCUUCGGGCUGGCCAUGUCGCUCCACGUGCCCCGGGUCGGCGCCUCGGCCAACAUGAAGCUGUUCACGUUCGUGGGAUGGGCGGCCUACGGUGUGGUGCCCACCUUCCACUGGACCGUCGUCAUGGGCGGGCUGGACAACCCCAUGGUGCAGCUCCUCCUGCCCCGGGUCAUGGGCAUGUACGCCAUCAGCGGCGUGGCUUUCCUCAUCUACGUCACUAAGUUCCCCGAGAGGCUUCUCAACGGCAGCGUGGACUACCUCGGCCACUCGCACCAGUGGUGGCACCUGCUCGUCGUUCUGGCCCUGUACUACUGGCACAACACCGGCAUCCAGUACGUCGAGUACCGCAUGAACCACGGCUGCGGCUACAACGGCUGAGCCGGAUGGGUCACCUACCCCCCAGGCGGGGCCACUGCCAGCAGACCAGCAGGCCAGCAGGCACAGCCGAAGACGUUCUCUCUCCUCCUCCUUGAGCUGCGAGCCGACGCAGAGUGUUCUCUCGGCGUCCACGCUGGCGUCCACGCUGGCGUCCACGCCGAGGACACGAGUGCCGCGGGCAGUCCGUCGAGGGAGCGCAGCGCGCAGCCCUUGUGUCUUGGGCGGCAGCAUGCGCCACUGCAACAUCACCACGAAGCGCGGCCGCUCUUUGAAGCUACCUAUUUAGUCUCGUAAUGUAUUUGAUCAUUUUUUGUGAUGUGCGCGCGUGCGCGUGUGUGUUUGCAUGUGUUUGAUUGUGCGUGCGUAUCGGUGCGUGUGUGUGAGUGUGCGCGCGCGUUUGUUAAUGAGAUUUCGAAGGCGCGAACUACAUUGCGCGAACGCUAGUCCUUGAUGGCAAAGGAAGAUUUGCUGCGAUUAUGAAUUAAUUCUUGUCAUUGUUAAUGUUGUCUCUACUCUGUCGAAGAAUAUGCAUGUUUCUUGGGUGUGAUUUAUCUGUGUUAGUGUUAGCGUCGACGAGUGAACCUCGUUCAUCUCAGAAGACUUGCCAGCACCCCUGUGAUUUUGCUCAACUGUCGGGCAAAUGCCCCAUUCCUUUGCCCUGCUGUAGUUACCAACAUUUUGGUUCCUUCUCGCUACUUGACCCGUGUAUCCCUAGAAAUAAACGAAGUAGCUGCGUUUUCCAGUGGCUGCUUCUCGUUGCCCCAUAUGUUGUCAAGUUGAAACUGCGAGCCGUGAGACGGCGGACAGAAUGACCGUGUAUUCAUAGCAAUAAACGAAGUAGCUGCGUUGCCCAGUGGGUGCCUCUCGUUGCGUCAUAUGUUGUCAAGUUGAAACUGCGAGCCGUGAGACCGGCGGACAGAAUGACUGUUUAAAUGCGGCGAAUUUUUGAUCUUUACUCUUUAACGUUCGUAGUUUGUUACAGUGCCAUAACUGUAGGAUGGCCCAUGACCCACUGUGCAUUUUAGGAUAAUUUCCAGUGUGCUAAAGUAUGUUGCGAAACAUUAGUUAGUUUCUCAAUGUUUAAGUCUUAAGCCAAACUCUCCAGCUCUCUAAAUAGAUGUCUAGGUGAUUGUAGUUAGUGUUGAUUAAUUAAAUUAUUUGUGGUUGUUUGAUGCACUCUCGUGCUACGUUAUCUCAUACAUGUUAUUACUUAUGACAAGGUAGAACUGGUGGUUUUCCUUGUGCAUGUUAAUUACAAAAAAAAUAAAACUCAUAAGUGUUUUCAUACA